AUGCCCAGCUUCAGUCGCCUGGGCAAGCACAGCAACCGUUCGCAGCACGCGGUUGCCGAGGCAUCGCCGCAGCAGCAACAGCAGCAGCAACCCGCUGGAGCUUCGUCGUCUCAACAACCUACAAGAGCACCGCCAGCGCCGGCUGAGGCAGAUUUGCAGCAGCACCCGCCGCACCCCGACGCGACCCCUCAGUCAGCCUUGCGGACGAGCGCCCUCAGCUCGAGCGAGUCGUUUAACGUUGCGCAGCAACAACAGCAGCAGCAACAGCAAUUGCAAGCACAGCAACAGCAGCUUCAGCAGCAACAGCAGCAGCAGCAGCAGUCCGGAGCUGGUGCUGGUCCGGCUCUCCUGUUUCACUCGGGCUCGUCCGGCGUCGGCCCCUCGCCUGUGCAGAACCCCGCCGUCAUUGGAUCAGCGCCCGCUUUUGAUGGCCGCCAGCAGCUCCAGCAGCAUCAGCUGAAUCAACAACAGUCUCAACCGCAGCCUCAGAUUCAACCGCAACUCCAGCAUCAGCACCCGCAUCAGCUUCCGCAUCAGCUUCAGCAACCGCCUCUACCGCCCCAGCAGAGCACCGGCAAGCUGCAGAAGCAACAGCCGCCGCCCGCAGGUGACUUUGCAGAAGCCGCCUCCGCCGUCCGCCAGAGUCAGCGCUACAGCGCAUCGCUCCACCACCUCUUCAACGUCUCGCAGACGUCACUCAACGAACCGACGGGCCACCACCAGGGCCAACAGGCCGCGAACGCCUCCGCUUCAGCCUCGCAAGGCUCUGCCCCCGAGAAGCGAUCGGCUCGCAAGAUCAUCAAGGGCAUCUUCUCCGGCCGCAACAGCCACGACAACCACCGCGAGGCCCCCGCAGCCUCUCAGUCGUACGACAACACCGUCGGGCUCGCCCGCAGGCCGUCCAAGCGCAUCGGUCACAGCAACCCCCCCAACGUCAAGACGGGACUCUCGCCCCAGCCCGACCGCGACUGGCACACGCCCAACUCGUCCGUCCACCAGACGUCGCCGCUGCAAGGAGUGGGCGAGGCCGAAGAGUACGGCUACGAUCACGACCAGGCCCGCCUCCAGCACGACCCUCGGCUGUCCGCGCCGCCCGUCAACACCAUCCGCGAGGGGCUUGCCGACGAGAUACAAUCGCCCUACGACGACUAUCACCACUCGCAGCAGCAGCAGCCCCAGUCUGCCCACCCACAGGUAGCGCUUGCAUCUCAGGAAUCCCUGCAGCAACAGCAGUUUGAGUUUCAGCAACAGCAGCAGCAGCAGCAGCAACAACAGCAGUUUGAGUUACAGAUACAGCAGCAUCAACAGCAGCAGCAGCUUCAGUACGAUCCCCAGCAGGCCGUCUACGAUCAGCAGGGCCACCCUCAGCAACAGCAGCAGCCAUUGCCACACGCCCCCCAGCAGUAUUACGCCGCCAGCUCACCGCAAGAUCAAUAUCAGCAGACGACAGACCCGCGCAUCGUCACCACGCAUCUAGGCCAACAGCAGCUGCACCAGCAGCAGAACCCGGAAACCAUCUCUCAGCUCUCACGCGAGUCGCCAGCCCCCGACUCGGACCAGCGUUCUCUCAACCAGCAGCUGGACCAGCAGCCGUCACCUGCCGUCCAUUACUCAGUGCCGGCGCAAGAAUCCGUCUCCAGCAUCGCUCUCCCCCCCGUCCAGCCCACGAACCAGCAGCAGCAGCAGCUCUCGCAACCUGCCAUGGCACCGCCCGGAGGAGGCGCGCCCACGAACCGUCGACCCGGAGACGCUGACAAGGCCCUUCCUGGCGCACCCCCUGGAUAUCGCCACACUCACACCAACUCCAACAUGACCUCGGUGCCCGGCGCACCUCUCCAGCCCGGCCAACAGCCUGCUGGUGCUGGUGCUGCCGCCGCUGCAGGUGCCGCUGCCGGCGGCGCGGGUGCCCCUCCACGGUAUGAAGCGGCGACUGGCGAUCAGGGCCGGAAUAGUCCUCAGCCUUCGACUCAUGAACGCGACAAUGCCGAAUCGGAAAAGGCGUUUAAAGAAUUAUUAACAAAGUAUAAGAACGUGAAGCGCCUCUACUUUGAUGGCAAGUCCCAGAUCGAACAGCUUAAUGGCCAGAUUGAGCAUCUGCAGAAUGCCGUCGCCAACCAGCGCAUGUCGCAGUCGCGGACCGCCCUCGACGACAACGAGUACGUCAACAGGUUCAACCGGCUAAACGGCGCCAUCAACAACCUGUCGUUCAACAUUCGCAAGGACUGGCGACGCCUGCCCCAGUGGCUCGAGAAAUUCGUCAGCCCCGACGCCCUCAAGACGGGUAAGCAGGAGAUGACGGCGGUGGGCAGAGCCGUCAUCACCAAGUGGGUAGUGGACGAGGUCUUCAACAAGUGCUUCCACCCAGACUUGGACGCCGCCUUUAGCAGCCAGCUCAAGGAGAUUGAGCUCCACAUCCGAGGCAACGCGUACACGAUGCACAGCCAGGAGGAGUUUGACGCGCUGACAACGAAGGUGGUCAACUGGCGGAUGGCGACGCUGGACGGCUUGCAGCACAAGCUCAACUCGACAACCGCAGCAGACCACCGCGCAGGGCUGAUAGCCAAGAUGACAACCAACCUGGCCGCACACCUGUACCAGUUCCUCAACGAGCCGCCGCCGGCCGGAGUCGAAGGUAGCACGUCGAUGAUUGUGGAGCUGGCCAUUGGCAUCGCCGCCAACCUGCCGCGGGAGAGCCGAGACGUGACCAUCAUGUAUCCUCUGCCGGGAGACGUGAUGCAGGCGGGCUUCAUGGAAGUCGAAAAGGGCGGGCUGCCUUCUGUCGAUGGCCAGAAGGAGGGAGAGGCCAAGUUGGAUGCCGAUUCAGAUAAGGAUAAGAACAGCAGCAGCGGAGAUUCGAGUAAGGCCGGUCCCGGCCGCGUGCGAUUUGCAGGAUUUGUGGCCAUUGAAGUAAGGGGGCGACAGGUGUUGAUGAAGGCCCCGGUAUGGACAUUGUAG